GUAUAACGAAGGGAGAUAAGUGAGUUAAGCGAUAGAGUUGUAGUCUUUCUCUCUCUCUAAAUGUGUAACUCUUCUGUGUUUCCACUGUUACAAUGUCUGAACCACAUUAAAAUUAUUUUCUCCUCAAAAAACACAAAAUACAACAUUUCUACAAAUUUAAAAUAUUUCUUUACUUUGCUGAAACAUUAGUUUUUAUCUCCUCUGAAUAUUUUUUUUAUAAAAAGACUCUAAAUAAACUAGUACAAAGAUGGCUGAUGAACAAACUAAUACAAAUAACACAGGCAACAGAACCACAGUAUGGAAUUACAUGAUGGGAAACAAGGUGGCUGCCAGCCUGUGGCUUACUCGUAUAAUGACCAUUUCUUUUACUAUUCUCUUUGUUUUACCAAUAUUUGGAGGUAAUUCCUAUAGUUUUUACCAGAGAGCAUUAUUGAGUAAUGCAGCCACCAGUGCAUUGCGACUUUAUCAGCGGUUGCCCAAUUUUCAGUUAAACAGACAAUACUUUGGACAACUUAUCAUGGAAGAUAGUUGCCAUUAUCUGCUGUAUUCUUUGAUAUUUAUCAACUCUUACCCAAUCACAAUGGUGUUGGCUCCAUUAUUUCUCUUUUCAUUGCUUCAUGCCUGUGACUAUACCAAAAACAUACUUACUAUCUUAGGGAGCAAUUCUCUGCAGUUUAUGAUGAAUCUAAUUGCAAGUCUUGAACUUCAACAGUCAAAUAUUCUCAGAUUUAUUGCUUGUAAUGAAAUAUUUCUCAUGCCUGGCAUUGUAUUGAUGAUCUUUUCAGGAAAAGCUUCAUUGCUUUUGCCAUUUAUUUACUACCGUUUCAUAACCAUGCGCUAUUCUUCAAGGAGAAAUCCAUAUUGCAGGACUUUGUUUCAUGAAAUGCGUAUCACCGUGGAGACUUUGUGUUCGAGACCUCAGUGUCCUGUUUUCUUGAAGAACUUCUGUUAUAGGGGAAUUGCCUUAAUCUCUCGACUCGCUCCACAGACCAAUUCUUAGCUCCAGUUGUUGAUACCUGAACUAUUUAAUUAAUACUCUAAACAAUAUACUACAAAUUAAUUGUUGUGUUAACGAGGUUGGGGGUGGGGAGCUGACAAAGAUAACUAUUUUGUCAUCAAUAAAUUACUGCAUAUAGGUAUUUAUUUUAGUCCCGAUAAGAAGCAUUUCUUCAAAGUUUUCCGUUUGACAUAACAGCUGGAAUUUAACAAGAAAAACAAAGUAUUUUCUCCCAAUUCAAUCAAUAACAAACUAUUGGGGUUUUUUUUUUUUUUUUGUUAUUUUUUCAUAGCUUUCUUAAUUUUUUAUUUUUUGAAAGAUUUCUACUGACUCUUAAUCUUUCCAUUUCUGUCAUAUAUUUACUCACCAAAAUUCACUAAUAAUAAUAAUAACAACUAAUAAUACUAUUCUAUUGAGGAACAUAUUUUCAUUUCUCUUUUAUUUAUUUUAUUUAUUUUUAUUAAAAUGAAGAACCACCCUAUCAUGUGUAAAAAAAAAUAAUAAAAACUUGACAAUGGAUAUCAUCAAGUCUAAAUUUGAAGACUAAAAGUAA